AUUCUCUAAAAAGUAUCCGUAUCGAGCUGACGUGAUUUUUUUUUGUUGCAGUGAAACUUUUACUUUUUACUAAUUUAAUAUUCCACUUGCGAGCUUGACGAUAUUGAAAUUUUUAAAUAAUUGAUAUUUAUACGUUUUAUCCACAGAAUUAAUAAUUUUAUACGAUGGCCGCAGAAGUAGGUUCAGCCCCCAGCAUGCAGCAGCUGCAGUCGGUGCAGAAAGCCAUGGCCUUGCCCGCGGUGGGAGCAGCUGUUGGUCAAGUAGGAGCUUUCUACACCAGGGUCAAGGGAGCACACUCCCUGCUAGAGUGGGCACUGUCCACGGCUGAAGCCAGUGUAACCCUGGCUGCCACCACCGCAGCGCCCUACGUGGCCGCUCCGCUGGCAGCGGGCGACGCCAAAGUGGCAGCAGCACUCGACGAACUGGAGCGGAGGGUGCCGCUGGUCACUGAGCAGCCCAAGGUCAUCGUGGAGACCACCAAGCAGGCUGUGCUCUCCAGGAUCACUCCUCAGCUGAACAAGGUUUACGGCGCGCGCGACGUGGCGCAGCAGCGCGUGAAGUCGCUGAAGGAGCUGACGUGGGCCAAGGCCAACGUGCUGCUGAGCACCGCGUACGGGCAGAAGGCCAUGCACGGCGUGGACAGCGGCGCCAGCUACGCCAUGCAGCUGCUCAACCACUACCUGCCGCCCGCGCGUGACGAGGCCAACGGCGUGGGCAACGAGAUCGUGCCCCUGGAGAACGACCCCGCUCUCCACACGGUGCAGACCGUGGGGCGCCUCAGUGCCGUCGCGGCGAGGCGCGUGUGGGCCAACCUCUCCGCCAGGGUGCAGCAGUUGAAGACCAACGGAAUCGAGCUGGAUGUCCGUCGCUACAUCACCGCGUUGCUAGCAGCGUUACAUCUGGCGAAGGUGACCAGCGAGCAGCAGCAGCAAGAGACGGUGAGCGCGGCGCCGCAGAUCACCCACACGCCGCCGCCCGCGGGGCCCAUCGCCGCCCACCACUCCGCGCCCGCCAACGCUAACCACUCCACGCCCACCACCACUCGCUCCACCGCGGCCACCACCACCCGCCCCACCGCGCCCACCACGCCCACCACUACUGAGAAAGUGAAGGCCACUCCAGAGGCCAAGCCGGACAGUAAACGUCAGUGAUGCUAUACUUUAUUUUAGUGUUAGUUUAGGUAUAUACAGGUGGUUCUAUACUGGCUCUACAUGUCAAGGCGCGGACUCCUUUACUAUACUGCAUUAUCGUCAUUAAAAAUCUAAACCAAGUAAUUUUUGGCAUUCCGAGGGACUACUUUCACAAGAAAAUCUAGAGACGCGUCAUUUCGGCAAGACAUAAUCAAGAAAACAUCUAACAGAAACUCCUAAAGAAAUAAAAAGUGACUGCAUGAUGUCCAAAAAUUAAUCUGAACCUCUGGAAACAGAAAGUUUUUCCAUCUCCUGUAAAGUUAUUAAUUUUGACUUACGAGGUGUUAGAACUCAGGACGAUAAAUUUAGGCUUAUGCCGACGUAAUGAGUGCUUACUAAAACUGUACAGUUUGUCAAAGUCCAAAUGCACUUGAUAUAUUUUAAGAUUCGACCAGUCAAUAACUUUCGCCGAUAGGAAUAUUCUAUAGAAUAAACCUAUAGAACCUAAUUUAUGAGCUUUAAAAUUACAGUGUUAUCCUUUUUCUGCACUAAUAUUUAACUGUCCAAUUUUACUGCUAUAACUGGUAAUCAAAAUUUUAUACAAAGCUAAAUAGGAAAGAAAGUGGGAAACUUCUUCUAAAAGGGCAUGCCGGUAUAUUCCAAACCACCUGUAUAAAAAUAAUUUUAGUUUUAAGUUCAUAUCAUUUUAAUCAUAAGCAAAACCACAAUUUUGAUAUAUCAUAGUGUAUCGAUAUUGUUUUGGUGAAUUGGAAUUGAAUUUUGAAUGUAUUUUACUAUUUACUGUGAAAUUGUAUAAAGGCUGAAGGGGUUUUGGAUGUAUUUAUGAGCUUUUGUACUGGAAAUGUAUUUUUAUCAAGUUUUAAUGAGUAAACGUUAAUUGAAUUU